CCCGGCUCAGAAACGGACUUGGUGUCCUUUUUGCACGGCAAACAUGAGAAUGCCUCUUAAAGGAUUUGAAUUUGUACUCUUCUUAGUUAUGGCUGUGGUGCUCUUACCAGGUGCCUAUGCCCCUGAUUAUGGAACCUUCCUGAGACAGCACUAUGAUAAUCCGAAGAGCAACGUUGGAAACCGCUACUGUGAUACCAUGAUGCAAAGACGGGGGAUGACCAGGCCAAACUGCAAGGCAAAAAAUUCCUUCAUCCAUGGCACCAAGAAGAACAUCAAUAAUGUGUGUGGUUCUGGGGGUCUACCUUAUGGUAAUGGGCUCCGGCGUAGCCGUAGGCAAUUCUCAGUCACCACCUGCACACACAGAGGAGGCUCCAAUCGCCCACCUUGUCGGUACUCUGAGAACACCUCACAAAGAUUCAUUGUGGUCCGCUGUGCAGGUGGAAGGCCUGUGCACUUUGAUGAAGGUCAGAUCUGAGCUGAGAUUUGAAACAGCUCAUUCAAAAGGCUCAGCUCUUUAGGACAGCCCUUGCUUUUCCACUGAAUAUGUCUCCCCCAGUCAUUAUUCUACUGUGCAGAUUUACAGCUAUAGACUUUUUUAUUCUGCAUUUCUUGAAUUUAACUGCAGUUUUCUUAAACAAAAACAAAAAACAGCCACACUAAAUCCAUCCUUUAAGCUUUCAUAUGUGUAUCCUACCAACUGCUCCUCAA